AUGUCUCUGCUUCCCGGGCUUACGGAGUUCAACAAUCACGGUAUCGAAGUGUUCAACAAUGAUCUUUACCGCGUCCACCACUGCUUUCAAGAUGCAGUAACGCGUCCUGUCAAGAACGAAGACGAGCGCAAGGCUCUUAUCAAGGCGGCCUUCCAGUUUGAAGAACGCGGCCUCAAUCGCAUUGCGGAUGAGUUCCGCGCAAAACAUACACAUCGAUUAUUCCCUACUGCUGUCGGCAGUCUUUGUGCUGCGGUUUCCCGCCUUGCACCUCCGGAGAUCCAACCUGAUGCCUGGAUUCUAUCCGCAGAUGAGCUUGCUCUCUGGGAUAGUUACAAUUUGCUGGCCUGCAAUCUUCGUCUUUCUCCCAACGAAAACUACUUAAGUGAAGUAGCCCCUCUUGCGGUAUUCAGUCCUCCAGCUUGGACUCCCAAAUAUCGACGUUCCUUGGAUCUCGCCCAACGGCGUUCACUUUCAGCAAAGAAAGCUCGGCCUCCACCUUCUGAAAGUUCCAAAGUCGAAAUCACAGCGGUUCCGCCAGUCAAGAAGACUCGACUUUCUUCUUCCGCAAAGAAGACAUCGACAACUGAGCCAGAAACGGCUUCCGAAGACGGUGUUGACAAUGCCGCUGAAGAUGACGGAGAAGAGGACGAUUCCGGCGAAUCUGAAGUGGAUGAGCUAAGGUCGUCUCCCCCUGUCCCCAUGACUAGGCUAACGCGAGGACGGGCUCGAGGAUCCGGGCAGGGCAGAGGCAGAGGUAGGGUAGAGGUGAUCAUUCCGAACCGGCCUCGCCCAAAACCCCUUCCAAAACCUGCUCCUUAUCGUCGAUCCACUACUAUCCGCGAAGACGACGAAAAGCCAUCUGCUUCAGUUCCUCUGACCGUCGAAGGUUGUCCGACCACGCGCAGUGCCACGGCUGGUUUGUCCAAGGCUCCUCCUGCUUCAUCCAAGAAUACUGUCAGCGAGAAGGGAAAAGGCUGGGCUUUUUCAAUAAGCCCUCCGCCUGCCAAAAAGAAUAUCCAACGUCGGCGUACGGACAUGGAGUCGCAUGAUGUCAAGCAUCUGUUAGCGCGGUCCUCCAUUGAAAUUCCCUAUCACUUCGAUGUUCCUCGUGGAGAAGCAUUCUCCCUCCGUGAUAUUUUGGAGUCUGGGCGAUCUAUGAAAGUGGAGAUGCGGAUCUCAUGCUUAACAUGCAUUAUCGCCCGCGUGGAGUGCAACUAUGUAGGCUGGUCUGACAAAUGUGCCCGCUGCAAGACUUAUCGGUACCUUUGCGACUGGAUCCUCCCUCAAGACGAGGCCUUUUCUCAGAUGGAUCAGGUUCGAGCUUGGGGUGCACCCACUCCUGGUUACUUCCACGAGCGCAUGGUCGAGUUGACCUGGCUUCUCGAGACUCAAGACCGACUCUCCGCGACUAUCCGUUCUCUUGCCGACACCCUUUCCCUUACUCAAAAGAGUAUUACGGACAAGGAGUCCGAAAUUCGUCAAAUCGCCGCCAACCCCAAAAUUGUGUUGGAGUACCUUCAGCUACAUGCUGAGGGACUUCAACUCUUGAGGGAGUCCAUCCACGGUCUAGGUUGUCUUUUCGAAUGGCCCUUGGAGUUCAACUUCGCCGAAGACUUUUGCGAGGUGUCCGUCCAAGGAUCUCAAACGGUGUUCCAGAACCUCAAGACUCAAGAAACCUUUUCAGUUGAUUUGAGCGGAUAUUCUAUUCGUCGUCCUGAGGUACGUUCCAAUAUCUUUUCUUAUUCCUUUAUUCUGACCUUGCUUACAGUUUUCCCCGCUUCACUUACGAUUGGCUGCGGCACUUCCUGGAGUUGCCGAGAGCACUUCCGCCACCGUUCUCGAGGAGUUGAGGACAACGAAGAGGUUAACAACCCUAUGGUUGUUGAUGCCCCAAGUCCUUCAGCUGAUCCUCUUGGUUCUCCGCUCGAAUGUAAGCCAUUCUUUUCUUCCUUUAUUCUAUUUCCUGACCCAAUUUGCAAAGAGUUGCUCUCAAUCGGACUUUGCCGAGGUCUUUGGAGACCGGGACUUCUUGGCUUUAUACGGGCCCUAUAUAUAUCUGUCUUGCGUAUCUUGUAG